UUUACCUUCUCUUGGAUGGGACCUUUGCUUACACUUGGAUACAGAAAAACAUUAGACCUUGAAGAUGUUCCUCAGCUUUCCAAUUAUCAUAGUGCCAAUGUGGUCUUCGCUCAUUUUAGAAACAAACUUGAAUCUAAUGGUAAUGGCAGUGGUAAAGUUAGCAUACUCGAGCUGGUGAAGGCAUUGAUCCUCUUAACAUGGAAAGAAAUUCUAUGGACAGCUUUACUAUCCUUUGUAUGCACAAUGACUUCUUAUGUUGGACCAUAUCUUAUUAAGACCUUUGUUCAAUAUCUCAACAGCCCUCACCAACUAACAUAUAAAGGUUAUGCACUAGUUUUUAUUUUCUUUCUUUCAAAGUUCAUAAGGUGCAUAUCAGAAAGACACUUGUUCUUUCAAUUGCGAAAUAUGGCAAUUAGGGUCCGUUCUGCCUUGUUCUCAAUAAUCUAUAGGAAGUGUCUCAAGCUUUCAAGCCAAUCAAAGCAGGGCCACACUAGUGGGGAGAACAUUAAUUUAAUGAGUGUUGAUGUUGAAAGGAUUGGGUUUUUUAGUUGGACAUUGCAUGAUAUAUGGAGGGUGCCUCUUCAGAUUAUUCUAGCAUUGUGGAUCUUGUAUAAGAGUCUUGGGCUUGCUUCACUUGUAGCUUGUGUUGCCACAAUGAUUUUGAUGUUAUUGAAUAUUCCAUUAGGAAAACUACAAGAAAAAUUUCAAAAGAAAUUGAUGGAUUCAAAAGAUCAAAGGAUGAAAGUGACAUCUGAGGCUCUAAGGAAUAUGAGGAUUCUCAAGCUCCGAGGUUGGAAUAUGAAGUUCUUAGCUAAGAUAAUUGAGCUCAGAAGCUUUGAAACAAGAUGGUUAAAAAAGUUACUUUAUACUACAUCAGCUAUUUAUUCCUUUAUCUACUCUUCCGCUCCUCUGUUUGUAUCCAUGGCUACCUUUGGGUUUUGUAUGCUAAUUGGAAUUCCAUUAGGGUCGGGGAAUAUUUUGUCUGCACUUGCAACAUUUGAGAUAUUGCAAUUACCCAUUUAUAAUCUCCCAAACACAAUCUCAAUGGUAGUUCAAACUAAAAUUUCUCUUGACAGAAUAACCUCAUACCUUUGUCUUGAUGAUCUUCAUUUGAAUAUGAUACAGAACCUUCCAAGAGAUGGUGACAAGGUUGCAAUUGAAAUAUUCCAUGGGAAUUUUUCUUGGGACCUUUCUUCUCGCAGCCACACAUUAAAAGAUCUUAAUAUUCGAGUGUAUCAUGGUAUGAGAGUGGCUAUUUGUGGUUCUAUUGGAUCAGGUAAGUCAAGCCUACUUUCAUGCUUAUUGGAUGAAGUGCCAAAGGUAUCUGGAAUUAUGAAGUUGAAUGGGACGAAGGCUUACGUUGCACAAUCACCUUGGAUACAAAGUGGUAAGAUAGUAGACAAUAUAUUGUUUGGUAAAGAAAUGGAUAUGGAAAGGUAUGAGAUGAUCCUUGAAGCAUGUUCACUAAACACAGACCUAGAACUAUGUCCAUUUGGGGAUCAGACUAUCAUAGGGGAGAGGGGAAUUAACCUGAGUGGUGGGCAAAAGCAAAGAAUUCAGAUUGCACGUGCUUUAUACCAUGAUGCUGAUAUUUAUCUGCUUGAUGAUCCUUUUAGUGCUGUGGAUGCUCAUACAGGAACUCAUCUAUUUAAGGAGUGCUUGCUAGGAAUUUUGAGUUCAAAAACAGUAAUUUAUGUUACCCACCAAGUAGAGUUUUUAUCUUCUGCUGAUCUUAUCUUGGUUAUGAGAGAUGGGAAGAUUGUUCAAGAAGGAAAAUAUAAAGAAAUUUUUAGUUCAGGAACUGACUUUAUGGAAUUAGUGGGUGCACAUAAAAAGGCUUUGGCAGACCUUAAUUCUGUCAAGAGUAAGGCUGCUUUAGAUAAUUUAAUUAAUGGUGAGGAAGACGAUAAUAAGUUAUCCAAUGAGGAGUCUAUUCAAGAUGAUGAGGAAAAGAAAACCAAAAACUACAAAACAGAAAAAUUGGAUGGGUCAGAAGGGCAGCUUGUCCAGGAAGAAAAGAGAGAAAAGGAUGGAGUUAGUUUUUCAGUCUACUGGAAUUACGUCACUGCAACAUAUAGGGGGGCUUUUGUACCAUUGAUAAUAUUGGCACAAAUUCUUGUUAAGGUUCUCCAAAUAGUUAGUAGUUACUGGAUGGUAUUGGUUACUCCCGUUGCAGAGGAUGUGAGACCUCAUGAUAGCCAAUCCACUAUCAUCUUUGUUUAUGUUGCUUUGAUCCUUGGAAGUUCUCUUUUUGUACUUAUAAGGUCCAUGCUCAUUGUAACUGCUGGAUACAAGACAUCCACUUUGCUCUUUAACAAAAUGCAUUGGUGUAUUUUCCGUGCUCCCUUGUCAUUUUUCGAUUCUACUCCAAGUGGAAGGAUCCUAAAUCGGGUAUCCAUAGAUCAAAGUGCAGUUGAUACUUCUAUUCCAAUCCAAAUUGAAGAACUUGUUAUCUCGAUCAUAGGAUUCCUGGGAACUGUUGCAGUAAUGUCACAAGUUGCAUGGAAAAUGUUAAUAAUUUUUAUUCCGAUGAUUGUGACAUGCAUCUGGUAUCAGCAUUACUAUAUAUCUGCAGCAAGAGAACUAUCACGACUAUUCGGAGUAUGUCAGGCUCCAAUUAUACAACAUUUUUCUGAAUCUUGUUUAGGUUCAACCACUAUUAGGUGCUUCAAUCAAGAAGAGAGGUUUAUGGACACAAACCUCAAGUUAGUAGAUGGUUAUGCUCGGCCAAAAUUUCAUUUUUCUGGUGCAAUGGAGUGGUUAUGCUUUCGCAUGGAUAUGUUGGCAUCCGUUACAUAUGCUAUCUCUUUAUUUUUUCUGAUCUCAGUGCCAAAGGGAUCACUCAAUCCUGGUGUUUUAGGUUUAGCAGUCACAUAUGGGCUUGGUUUCAGUUUAUAUGGUGUUGUAUGGGAUCUUAACCAACUUCAGACUAAAAUUAUAUCUGUUGAGAGAAUACUACAGUACACUUGCAUCCCUAGUGAACCCUCCCUGCUAGGAGAAGAAAAUAGGCCAGGUCAUGAUUGGCCAUCACAAGGGAAAGUUGAUAUUGUUGAUCUACAGGUCCGAUAUGCCCCACAACUUCCUUUUGUCUUGCGAGGUAUCACAUGCACUUUCCCAGGAGGAAUGAAGAUUGGCAUCGUUGGACGAACAGGAAGUGGUAAAUCAACUCUCGUACAAGCUCUCUUCCGUGUACUUGAACCUACAAUCGGUCAGAUUUGGAUAGAUGGUAUCAAUAUCUCUAAAAUUGACCUUCAUGAGUUGCGGUCAAGAUUGAGCAUCAUCCCACAGGACCCAACAAUGUUUGAGGGGACUCUAAGAAGUAAUCUUGACCCACUCGAAGAAUACAGUGAUAAAGAGAUAUGGGAGGCUUUAGAUAGAAUCCAGCUUGGUGAUGAAGUCAGAAAGAAGAAAGGGAAGCUUGAGUCUGCAGUGACUGAGAAUGGAGAGAAUUGGAGCAUGGGUCAAAGGCAGCUAGUCUGUUUAGGGCAGGCACUACUCAAGAGGAGUAAAGUGCUAGUACUUGAUGAAGCUACAUCAUCAGUGGAUACUGCGACCGACUAUCUAAUUCAACAAACGCUUAGGAUACACUUCUCAGGCUCCACUGUCAUCACAAUUGCACAUAGGAUAACAUCAAUGCUUGAUACCGAUAUGGUCCUCCUUCUCGAUAAUGGCCUUGUACUAGAAUAUGACUCCCCAGCCAAAUUGUUAGAGAACCAAUCCUCAUCAUUUGCAAAACUUGUUGAGGAGUAUACUCGAAGAUGUAGUUCUCAGUUUCUAAGAGGUUAAAUAAAUGAGUUUUGAAUGUCCAAAUGUGGGUAGGCUUCAUCAAACUUAGGUUCAUUACAAUUUUGACAAAUUUUGUUGGGAGAAGAUAGUGGAAUAGAUAUUGAGGCUACUUGUAAUCUUUUUCUUUAUACAUGUCUAACAACUUUGGGAGAAGAUUUAGUAGUCCA